CUCCUCAUAAAAGUUGACAAUUUGGAGGAAGACAGAAACCUUGAUUGCUAAUCAAUCAAACAGAGAGCAAUGGAUCAUGGAGAGUCCUCAGAGAUAGGAAAAGAUCUAUCAGAGUCUUUGCUUCUUGAUAAGGAUAAAUCCCAGUUACAGCAUCAACCUGGUCACUGGAAUGCAGCAGCUAUAAUUCUUGGAUUUGAGUGCUUACAAAGCACAGCAUACUUUGGGAUCUACACAAACUUAGUUAGAUAUCUGAAGACAGUUCUCCAUGGAAGCAAUGCUUCAAAUGCAGCAAAUGCAGCAAUCUGGAAUGGAACAAGUUUUUUCACAUCACUGAUUGGAGCUUUCAUAGCCGACACUUUCUGCGGAAAUUAUCAAACUGUUUUCUUCUCCUCUUUGAUCUUUCUUUUGGGACUGCUGAUUAUAACAUCAACAAGUUUAAUACCAUCUUUAAGACCUUCUCCCUGUGAAGGACUUGUGCCAUCAUGCCUUCCAGCAACUACAGUACAAACCAUUGCAUCCUUUUCAGGGCUUUAUCUUAUGGCAUUUGGAAGUGGAGGUCUAAAAGGUGUUGUUUUACCUCUUGGUGCAGACCAAUUUGAUGAGAAUAAUUUUGCAGAGAGAGAACAGAAAGGAAUUUUCUUCCACUGGUUUUAUGUUUCUUUUACAUUUGGCAUAUUAAUGUCAGGCACUUUGAUAGUAUUUGUAGAAGAAAGCAUAGAUUGGCCUUUAGGAUUCAGCAUUUGCACAUUGUGCCUGGCUCUUGCUUUAUCAGCCUUGAUCAUUAGCAAACCGGUUUAUCGGCUUCGAAAGCCAACUGGAAGUCCUUUGAAGAGAAUUUUACAGGUUUUAGUUGCAUGCUUCAGCAAGAUAAGCUCUGAAAUUCCAACUGAUACCAAUCUCCUAUUUGAGACUAAACAUACAGACUAUAAAAGACAGAGACUUGCCCAUACCAAUGAUUUCAGGUUUCUAGACAAAGCUGCUAUAGUUUCAGACACCGAUGGAGAUGACAUCGAACACCGGAACCCAUGGAAACUCUGCACAAUAACUGAAGUAGAAGAACUAAAGACAGUACUAAGAUUACUCCCAAUCUGGGUCACUGGAAUUAUCUUCCAAGCUGCAUUUUCUCAAAUCUGCACCACAUUCAUUCUACGAGGAAGUGCAAUGGAAACAAGAAUCUUUUCUUCAUUAUCCAUCCCUCCUGCAUCUCUUUCAUCCUUUGAAGUAGUCAGUGUCAUGUUCUGUGUUCUUUUAUACAACAAAAUUAUAAUGCCAAUGUCCAAACAAUUGUUCAGAAAUGGAGCUGGACUUUCAAAGCUUCAAAGGAUGGGCAUUGGACGUUUUCUGAUAAUUAUAGUCAUGGUUACUGCUGGAUCAGUGGAAACAAUAAGACUGAAGAGAAUAAAGAAUGGAAAUGGACUUACAAACAUAACAUGGCAACUUCCACAGUAUUUCAUCGCCGCGGUAUCGGAUAUGUUUAAUAACAUAAGUCAAGCAGAGUUUUUCUAUGAUCAAGCUCCAGAAUCCAUGAAGAGUCUCUGCACUGCAUUUGGAUUACUUACAGUAGCGCUGGGGAGUUAUUUGAGCUCUUUUAUAAUUACUGCAGUGCAGUUUGUGACAGCACAAAAUGGUAGAAGUGGGUGGAUUUCUGAUGAUUUGAAUGAUGGACAUCUUGAUUACUUUUUUUGGGUGUUUGCAGGUAUUUGUGCAGUUAAUUUCAUGCUUUACCUUGCAUUUGCAUGGAAUUUUACUCUCAAGAGAGUUGUAAUUUAGCUUAUUUCUUUGUUGUUGAGUAAUGUAUUUGCUAUUUUUAUGGGUUGAAUGAAUUAAUUUGGAGCCAAACAACCUUUGGUCAAAUGCCACCAACCCUACUAUAAAAUACAUGAUUUGCUAGAAAUUUAUGGUAUGGGUUUGAAACAUGCUCGAUGCAGUGGUGUCAAAAGGUUCCUAACUGAUCUGCUCUUUUCAUCGAUCGUGGUGAGAAUAUAUGAACUACC